AUGUUUCGCUUUUUCUCGCCAGGCCCCGUCCUUGUGGAAUUUCCGAUUGAUACACUUUACCCAUACGGUCUUGUGCGACAACAUCUUCGUAUUUCUGAUAAUCCACAAUCUUGGAGACAGCGCUUCACCAAUUGGUACUUGCGAUUCUAUCUCUUUCGUCUAUUCGCCAACGGAUUUCAAAUCAAACCGUGUUUGCCAGGCCAAGAACCGACUCAGAUUCCUGUUCUGGUGCCCUCUAUUCCGUGGCCUUCAACAAAGAGUAUUGAUCAGUUAGUGUGGCUUCUGUCUCAAGCCAAACGUCCAGUAGUUGUGGUCAGCAGUCAAGCUCUUCUUCCCCCGGUUCCUGCGGCCCAAACAGCCGAAUAUGUCAAAUCACUUCGUGUACCAGUUUAUCUCACCGGUAUGGCACGUGGCUUACUCGGUCGACAACAUCCCUGUGCGUUUCGUCAUGCUCGACGUGCGGCUCUUCGUGUGGCUGACUUGAUCAUAUUGGCUGGAACUGUUUGCGAUUUCCGUAUGGAUUACGGUCGGGUGCUGAACCGCAAAGCCAAAAUUGUUAUCAUUAAUCGGGAUAAAAAACAAUUGUACCUGAACAGUUUAACCCAACCAAUUGAACGAAUAAAUCCCCUAUCUGUCCUUUGGCAACUCGAACACAAGGGUUUGACUGACCACGAGAGCAUUAUCGUUGCAGACGGUGGAGAUUUCGUGGGGUCCGCUGCCUACAUUCUUCGUCCACGCGGUCCUCUGUCAUGGUUAGAUCCGGGACCGUUCGGUACUUUGGGAGUCGGUGGAGGGUUUGCUUUAGGAGCGAAGCUCUGUCGUCCUGAGGCAAACGUUUGGGUCGUCUAUGGAGACGGGUCAUCCGCCUACAGUUUGGCUGAAUGGGACACUAUGGCUCGACACAGAGCACCUGCGAUUGGCGUCAUUGGCAACGAUGCAUGCUGGUCCCAGAUCGCGCGAGAUCAGAUGGGUUUGUUUGGUUCCAACGUAGCAUGUGGCUUGCAGAGCACGCGUUAUGACUUAGUGGGGGCGGCAUACGCCGGUGCAGAUAUCCAUGACGCGUUACUCAAGUCGGGCGGCGAUUGUGGUGGCUUCACAGUGACGGAGAAGAACCUCGACAAACUUCCAGAAUUAAUGGCCCAAGCUCGUGAACUGUCCUGCCGAGGAACUCCAUCAAUCAUUAACUGUCACAUAGCCGCGAGCGGAUUUCGUGAGGGUAGCAUUUCCCUAUGA